CCCACACACAGGUGAGUGUAAAAAAGCUCAAUGACACAUCAUCAACAAAGGCAGUCCAAGUGCUGACACAGGCAGCCGCAAAGCACGAAGCCCAAAAGAACCGAAUUAAAGAAAAUAAAGACUAACCCCUAGUGCGCAGAGAAAGAGAAGAAAAACACAAAUCAUGCUCCGGGUCUAGAAAAUGCUGCCCAGCGAUACCCUUUCGGCCUAAAUUUUGCUGCUGAAGGAGCUGUUCUUGACCUCUCCAAAUCGGCUUAGUGCUCAGAGUGAUCCACCCUCGCAGCUGGGUUAGUUUGAUGGGCAUCAGAACUCCAUUGCCUCAGCUUCCUCUCCAAAUCAUCCACUCCAACUCCAAGUGCAUGGAUUUUGCAGUGCUCCAGCACAGCACAUCUCUCAAACUUCCGUGAACUUCGCUCAGUAGUAUUUUCUUCAAAAAUACUGAUAAUUAUUCCAAACUAUAUGUAUGUCCCAUUCAUUCAGCAUUUGUAUAAUGAUUACAAUUGACAAAUAAAAUGUCCUCAUUGGCUAAGGAAAGUGGAAGUUAGGAGUUUGGUUCCAAGACAAAAUUGAAAUGGGGUGUGAAGGGAAUUAUUGCUUGUAAAUCAAAUGUAUGUAGUGAAAAAUAAAUGUACAAGUUACACCAAAAUCAAAUUUUGCUUUUGACCAUAGCCAUCCAUUGGUAAGUAAUUUUCUUUUCAAAGAGUUUCAUAAAAAUGUUCAUAACACAAUGAAUUAGAAACCUAAAUUGUGGACAGAAGUCAAUCUGGGACAACCAGAAUUUUGCUGCUUCAUGGCUUACAAUGAAAAUGCACCAGAAAGGGUCAAUGAGACAAAAUAUUCAGCAGGAUAUUCUUUUAAAUAUCCUGCGUGAUCUGUUUUAGAAUAGAUUUUGGUCAAAUUGGGGAACAAACCUGGUCAGGUAUCAUAUCUGUCAGAGGGAGAGCAUGGAAUUAUUGCUUGUAAAUCAAAUGUAUGUAGUGAAAAAUAAAUGUACAAGUUACACCAAAAUCAAAUUUUGCUUUUGACCAUAGCCAUCCAUUGGUAAGUAAUUUUCUUUUCAAAGAGUUUCAUAAAAAUGUUCAUAACACAAUGAAUUAGAAACCUAAAUUGUGGACAGAAGUCAAUCUGGGACAACCAGAAUUUUGCUGCUUCAUGGCUUACAAUGAAAAUGCACCAGAAAGGGUCAAUGAGACAAAAUAUUCAGCAGGAUAUUCUUUUAAAUAUCCUGCGUGAUCUGUUUUAGAAUAGAUUUUGGUCAAAUUGGGGAACAAACCUGGUCAGGUAUCAUAUCUGUCAGAGGGAGAGCAUGGAAUUAUUGCUUGUAAAUCAAAUGUAUGUAGUGAAAAAUAAAUGUACAAGUUACACCAAAAUCAAAUUUUGCUUUUGACCAUAGCCAUCCAUUGGUAAGUAAUUUUCUUUUCAAAGAGUUUCAUAAAAAUGUUCAUAACACAAUGAAUUAGAAACCUAAAUUGUGGACAGAAGUCAAUCUGGGACAACCAGAAUUUUGCUGCUUCAUGGCUUACAAUGAAAAUGCACCAGAAAGGGUCAAUGAGACAAAAUAUUCAGCAGGAUAUUCUUUUAAAUAUCCUGCGUGAUCUGUUUUAGAAUAGAUUUUGGUCAAAUUGGGGAACAAACCUGGUCAGGUAUCAUAUCUGUCAGAGGGAGAGCAUGGAAUUAUUGCUUGUAAAUCAAAUGUAUGUAGUGAAAAAUAAAUGUACAAGUUACACCAAAAUCAAAUUUUGCUUUUGACCAUAGCCAUCCAUUGGAAAGAAAUGGCAGCGUGGAGGCCUGCAGGAGUCUGAUAGGUCAGUUGGUUGUGUGGUGUUGCAACAAACAGCCGUGCAUUCGAUGUCAACAAAACCAAAUAACUGAUGGUGGACUUCUGGAAGGCAAAGUCAGAAUAACAUGCACCAAUCCUCAAUGAGGGAUCAGCAGUAGAAAACCUGAACAGCUUAAUGUCCUGGGUAUCAUUAUCUCAGAGAAACUGCCCUGGAUCAAAAAGAAGACAUGCCAGCAUCUUUACAUCAUUGGAUUUGGAGGAGAUUUGGUAUGUUCGCAAAGACUUUUGCAAAGUUCUAUAGAUGUAUGGUGGAGAGCAUUUUCAUUGCCUACAUUACAGCCUGGAAUAGAAGCUCUCUUCCACAGGAUUGCAAGAGGUUGCAAAGGAAUACAGACUCAACCAGUCUAUCAUGGGCACAACCCUUGUCACUACCAAGGAUAUCUUCAGGAGGCAGCGUCUCAAGAAGACAACAUCCAUCAUUAAGAAUCCUCACCAUCCAGGACAUGCUCUUUUCUCAUUACUACCCAUCAGGGAGGAGGUUCAGGAGCUUGAGGACUCACAUUCAGUGAUUUGGAGACAGCUUCUUCCCUUCCACCAUCAAAUUUCUGAACAAUCCAUGAACCCAUCAACACUACCUCAUUACUCCCUCUUUUUGUAAUGUGUCAUAGUUUUAUGUCUUUGCACAGUAACACAGUGUGGUGCAUGGCCAAGUGGUUAAGGUGUUGGACUAGUGAUCUGAAAGUCGUGAGUUUGAGCCCCAGCCGAGGCAGCAUGUUGUGUCAUUGAGCAAGGCACCUUUCCACACAUUGCUCCAGUCCGCCCAGCUGAAAAUGGGUACUGGCAAAAUGCUGGAGGUUAACCUUGCAAUCGACUGGCAUCCUCUCCGGGGAAAAGUCUCGUACUCUCAGUCACUUCACGUCACGGAAACCGGCAUAAGCACUGGCUUGAUGAGCCUAUAAGGCUCGGGACAGACUUUACCUAACUUUUUAGCAGUAACACAGCCACAAAAUAACAAAUUUCAUAUCAUAUAAGACAGUGAUAAUGGACCUGACUCUGGUUCUGUAUCAAAAGCAACUCAUGAUAGGAAGGACCUGAUCAAAGCUCUUGAUUGGCAUUCUAUCAGUCUGAAAACGGUUGCAAAAUCUGAGCUGAAUCAAUGUUCAGCUAGUACUUCUGGAACAAAGUAUCUUUUUGUAUUCUAACAACCAGACAGGAGUUACUUAGUUCCACAUGAGAGGUAAAGAAGAAAUGGGCAUAGAUAUUUGAUUCUGGCUAGAGUGUGAAGAUACUUUAUUGAUCUCAAAGGAAAUAACAGUGUCACAGUAAUGUUACAAGUGCACAGAUACACAAAUAUUAUAAGAUAAGUAAGAAAGAAUAAAAAAUAAGUUACUUCAUAUAGUCUAACAGGAGGGGGUCAUCACUUCCCGGCUGUAGUUGACUCAUUACAGAAUUGAAAAGCAAAGAUGAUGAAAUCUGCAGAUUCUGGAAAUUCAAGCAAAACACACAAAAUGCUGGUGGAACGCAGCAGACCAGGCAGCAUCUAUAGGAAGAAGCACUGUCGAAGUUUCAGUUCUGACAAAGGGUCUCGGCCCGAAACAUCGACAGUGCUUCUUCCUAUAGACGCUGCCUGGCCUGCUGUGUUCCACCAGCAUUUUGUGUCAUUACAGAAUUGAAUGGCCAAGGUUAAGAAUGACCUCGUAUAGUGCUGUUUGGAGCAGUGCAGUUGUCUUAGUCUAAUCCUGAAAGUGCUCCUCUGUUCAGCCAAGGUGGCAUGCAGAGGGUGAGAAACAUUGUCCAGAAUUGCCAGGAUUUUCCAUUGGGUCCUUUGCUCUACCACAGUCUCCAGCGUGUUCAGUUUGACUCCUAGGCAGAGCCAGCCUUUCUAAUCAGUUUAUUGAGCCUGUUGGCAUCACCCAUGUUGAUGCCAUUGCCCCAGCACACCACUGCAUAGAAGGUUGUACUGGCAACAACAGACUGGUAGGAUAUGUGAAGGAAAUGCUUGCAACUCCAAAGUACCCCAAGUCUCCGCAGGAAGUAGAGGUGGCCCAGGCCCUUCUUAUAUGCAGCCUCUGUGUUGGUGCUCCACUCAAGUCUGUCAACCAGGUGCACCUCCGACUACUUGUAAGUCCUCACCACAUCCACAUCCUCAUCAUCAAUAGUAACGAGAAGCAGUGCAGGUUUAGUCUUCUUAAAGUCCAUCACCAUCUUCUUUGUCUUACUAAUGUUGGGCUGCAGAUGAUUCAGCUUGGAACAUUUGACAAAGUCCUCCACCAGAACCCUGUAUUCAUCCUCCUGUCCUUCUAUUAUACACCCAACUAUUGCCGAGUCAUCAGAGAAUUUCUGCAGAUGACAUGACUCAGUGUUGCAUCUAAAGUCCAAGGCCUACAGGGUAAACAGGAAGGGAACCAAUACAGUCCCCUGUGGGGUCCCAGUGCUGCUUAUAGACAUGUCUGACACACAGCUCUGAAACUGCACAAACUAUAGUCUGCCAGUUAGGUUGGCCAUUAUCGAGAAUACAAUGGGAGUACCAAUUUGCAUUGAUCAUUAUUUUUUUUUCAGGAUUUCACUGUUCUUAGCUUUCCCAGGGAUAAGGUCAUGGGGAUGGCAGAAUCACAUGGAAGUAGUAUUAUUGAGCUGAUGCAGAGGACCCUGUAAAAUAGUUCCUCCUGCAAACACUGACCGAGGGUGAGAAUGCUGUAUCUAGUCAGCUGGAGCUUAAUGUUGCAGGGAAGGUGAUUGAUGAAUUAACCAAAGAGGGCUGAACCAAGAAUACUAUUUGGAGCUUCUGCUGCAGUGAUGCCCUAAGGGAUUGGUUAUCCAGUGUGCUUGUGUGUGAGAUGGCACAUUACAAUUUAUUUUCCAAGAUUUAUUAUUGAAUUGUGCAUUAUAUUUUCCCAUUAAAACCAAAUGUUUUGUUUAUUAUGUAAGACUGGUUGAAUCAAGUAUGAUGAGUUAAUAGGGAAAAUAAUGAUGAGACUGACAUUGCAGAGUUUUGCUUUGCCCUCUGAAGUAAGGUCAGUCUCUUCUAAAAUCAAUGCACUGAAUCAUCAGUUGCAGCAUAAGCAGGUGUUAUGGAAAAAACUGCUUUAAUACAUACAUAAUUUGUAUGCAUGGUUACAAUACAGGUUGCAUAAGGUUGAUUAAAUGAAUUUAAAACCACUGUCAAGACUUUAAAUACAUAUAAUGAAUGCAGCGAGUCUUUAUAGACUAAGGAUUACAGUAGCUAUGGUGGUUGUGAAAACAUUGAAAUCAACACAACAGCUUCAGACAACGAAAUCAUAACAUCAAAGCUUCUCAGAUCUAGACCUUGCAACAAGGAAAUGUAUAAAUGGUGAGAGAAUACUGAAGAUUAACAACAAAGAAAUUAGUCAAAAUAAAUUCUUCUAAAGCUUUUACUUCUACUUCUAGAUUCUCUGACACCAAUUAUAUUGUAAAUUUUACGCAUUAUUCAUUGAUUUUUCAAAAUUGUAUUAACACUAACAUUAGGUGUACAAGAUAUUAAGAGGAAUAGAUAGAGUGGACAGCCAGCACCUCUUCCCCAGGGCACCACUGCUCAAUACAAGAGGCCAUGGCUUUAAGGUAAGAGGAGGGAAGUUCAAGGGGAAUAUUAGAGGAAGGUUUUUUACUCAGAGAGUGGUUGGUGCACUGCCUAAGUUAGUGGUGGAGGCAGAUACACUAGUGAAAUUUAAGAGACUACUAGACAGGUAUAUAGAGGAAUUUAAGGUGGGGGUUAUAUGGGAGGCAGGGUUUGAGGGUCGGUACAACAUUGCCGAAGGGCCUGUAAUGUGCUGUACUAUUCUAUGUUCUAUUAAUUAAACCUACAUAUUAUCACAAAUAAGUAAAAAUAAGGUAAUUUGUUAUUAUUGCUUUUGUUGUUCUCCUGUUCCCUUCCCCCUCUACUUCCUUUGCAGAUCUCUUUAUUCAUUUGAUGGUACAGUAAAUCCCACCAAUAUGUGAUGGAACAUGUACAACUGAUAUCCAUUUUGUUUAAUCUCUAACUGUUUAAUGAAUCAGUAUAAGUUUUUUUCAGGUGCUAUUAUAAAUGCAUUGAACUGUUGUGCUUUUAGUUUUUCAUUAAAUGUUUGUAGCUCCUUGAUAAUUGAGGAGAUCAUCUGUGUCCAGUAUCAAAGGGUACAGGGUCAGAUUUAGAUAAGGAAAAUAAAUCCAGUUGCCAAAUCUCUAUUAUCCACUUUGCAAUUUGACAGUCAAAAUUGUACUUUAGAUGCCCCUGCAGCCAAUAUCAUUGAAGCCCAUAGAGAAACAUGUUCCCCAUUAAUGGAAAAUAAGUUAACAUACCAAUAGAUGAAUAACAUAUUUUCAGCUAUUAUUCCAAAUAAAUGUUAGCAUAUUAAUUUCACUGCACUCUCUAAACAUUAUUUGCAGAGGGUCACUCUGCAAAGUGCCUGUAUUUUCCCUAUUGAUGUUGCUAAACACACCAAAUAUAAAAUUCUGUUUAUAUUGUCUUUCAGAUUUAUAUCAUUUGUUAUCUCAGGGGGCAUGUGGUAAUAAAGGGAAAAUAAAUUUGCUUGUGAUAGGGAUCUGAAGUGUUUUGAAAGACAAGCAUUAUCAGUUACUUCAGCUUGCUGCUAGCUCUCACUUUUAUUGCCGGGGUAGCAUCUAUUAUAUAUGCAGGUUAGAAAUCUUCUAUUGCACAGGCAUUGGGUUCACGGGAAUACUGUUUAUGUGUGAAAAAGCUGUUCUACUACUGAUGCCAAGUCUGAAAGUGAUAGCAUUUACAAAAUGACAAAUUAAAUAUUAAAUAUUUGGGAUUUUAUAUUCAUUUGCUAAGUACUAGAACUUAUAAGCAUAACAAAUAAAAGGAGUAGACCAUUCACCCAUUGGAGUUUGCUCUGCAGUUUAAUAUAACUAUCAGUUGAUUAUGUACCUCCUUCACCUUUCCUGACCAAUCCCUUUGUCCAAAAGUCUAUCAAUCUCAAUCUUGCAUAAUAUAACUCUCUGAGAAAGAAAGCCACUCCUCACCUCUGUCCUAAAUUUCCAGUUUAUUUUAAUACUUUGCCCUUUAGUUCCACUGCCUGAGGCGUCUCUGUAGGUGCUCCAUUAAUCCCUUUUGGUUUUUUUGUGUUUCGCAACUCAUUAGACUCCAGUGAAUAGUGGCCAAUUUCGCUGAACAUUCACAUGAUCAUCCCAACCUUCCCAGACCAAAUUUGUGAUCUUCCUUGACAUGCCAUCCUUUUUUUGGUAUGGAGGCCAAAAAGUGUUCUCACCAAAGCCCUGUACAGCUCCAAAGAUACUUCCUUCCAAAUUGCUUGCUGUUCAUGCAUGCUAGCUUGCCAUAUCUCAUUAAUUAACACACCAAGAUUGCCUGGUGUACCAGCAUAUCUUACUGCAAACAUGGAACAUAUUAAGCUAUUUAGUUUGCUAAGGAAAAUAUUUUUUCUGAAUCUGAAAUCAGUGAGCCAUCUUCUUCUGAUUCUACAAUUAAAAGGAAACUCCGACCAUUCACUGAAACUGGUAAUUAUUAUUGUCACAUGUAACAAGAUAUGGUGAAAACCUGUUUUGCAUAGUGAAAUACCAAUCAUUCUAAACUGGAUCCUUGACUUCCUGACCAACUGAUAAGCAGCAAUACCUCUGCCACAUCUCGACCAUCCCAUGUUACUUCACUCCUGACAAAGGGUUUUGGCCCAAAACGUUGUUAUUACCUCCUCCCAUAGAUGCUGUCUGGCCUGCUGAGUUCUGCCAGCAUUUUGUGUUUUUUAAUACCUCUGCCAAAUUAUCUUCAACACUGGUGUUCCACAAGGCUGCAUCCUCAGCCCUACUCUACUUCCUGUACACUAAUAACUGUGUGGCCAGAUUCUUCUCUAACUCCAUCUACAAAUGUACAGAUGAUUCAUUCAGUCAGAGGUGCAGCGGCUGCUCAGGGAGGGGAUCAUUGAGCCAAGCACAAGCCCUUGGAGGGCCCAGGUAGUUGUUGUUCAAACCGGGCAGAAAAAUAGGAUGGUCAUGGACUAUAGUCAAACCAUCAAUAGGUUCACACAGCUUGACGCGUACCCCCUACCCUGCAUCACGGAUAUGGUCAACCAGAUAGCUCAGUACAAGGUGUACUCGACAAUAGAUCUGAAAUCCGCUUAUCACCAGCUCCCCAUCCACCCAGAGGACCGCCCCUACACUGCCUUCGAGGCGGGCAGCAGGCUCUAUCACUUCCUGCACGUCCCAUUCGGUGUCACAAAUGGUGUCUCUGUCUUCCAGAGGGAAAUGGACCGGAUGGUGGACCAGUACCAACUGAAGGCCACAUUUCCCUAUCUGGAUAACAUCACCAUCUGUGGUCGCGACUGGCUGGAUCACAACGCCAACCUCCAAUGAUUUUUCCAAGUGGCCGAAGCCCUGAACCUUACUUAUAAUAGGGACAAGUGUGUGUUCGGAACCACCUGACUCGCUAUCCUUGGGUAUGUCGUGGAAAACGGGGUCAUUGGCCCUGAUCCCGACCAUAUGCGCCCCCUGUUAGAACUCCCUCUUCCCACAACCCUCAAAGCCCUCAGACGGUGCCUGGGUUUUUUUUCCUAUUACGCCCAAUGGGUCCCCCAUUACGCAGACAAGGCCCGCCCCCUGGUCAAGUCUACCACUUUUCCCCUCUCUGCCGAGGCCUGCGCGGCCUUCAGCUGCAUUAAAGGGGACAUUGCCAAAGCAACGAUGCAUGCGGUGGACGAAACCAUUCCCUUCCAAGUAGAGAGUGAUGCCUCCGAUUUCGCGCUUGUUGCUACCCUCAAUCAGGCAGGCAGGCCAGUAGCAUUCUUUUCUCAUACCCUUCAAGGCUCUGAAAUUCGGCACUCCGCGGUGGAGAAAGAAGCCCAGGCCAUAGUGGAAGCUAUUAGGCACUGGAGGCACUAUCUUGCCGGCAAAAGGUUCACCUUGCUGACCGACCAGCGCUCAGUUGCGUUCAUGUUCAGCAACCAACAGCGGGGCAAAAUCAAAAAUGAUAAAAUUUUGCGGUGGAAAAUAGAACUCUCCACCUACAACUAUGAUAUCCUGUACCGGCCUGGAAGGCUCUAUGAGCCCCCUGAUGCCCUAUCCUGGGGAGCGUGUGCCAGCGCACCGCUCGACCAGCUUUAUGCCCUCCAUGCACAUCUUUGCCACCCGGGGGUCACCCGAUUUUACCAUUUCGUGAAAGCCCAGAACCUGCCAUACUCCCUUGAGGACAUCAGGACGAGGACCAGAGGCUGCCAAGUCUGCGCUGAGUGCAAACCGCACUUCUACCGCCCUGAAAAGGCGCAACUUAUCAAGGCCACCUGCCCCUUUGAACGACUGAGUGGUGACUUUAAGGGCCCCCUUCCCUCCAUCGACCGCAAUGUCUACUUUCUCAACAUUAUCGACGAGUACUUGCGGUUCCCCUUUGCCAUCCCCUGCCCCGACACCACUACCACGUCCGUCAUAAAAGCCCUGUGCCAGCUCUUCACUCUGUUCGGAUAUCCCUGCUAUAUCCACAGUGAUAGAGGGUCCUCCUUUAUGAGUGACGAGCUGUGCCAGUACCUGCUGGCUAGGGGCAUUGCUACCAGUCGGACCACGAGUUAUAAUCCCCGGGGAAAUGGACAGGUGGAGAGGGAGAAUGCCACACUGUGGAAGGCCACACUUUUAGCCCUUAAGUCAAAGGGGUUGCCGGUCUCUCGAUGGCAGGAGGUCCUCCCUGAGGUACUCCACUCUAUCCGCUCCCUGUUAUGUACGUCCACCAAUGCCACCCCUCACAAGUGCCUAUUCUCUUUUCCCAGGAAGUUUGCCACUGGGACCACCCUACCAGCUUGGCUGACGUCCCCAGGGCCAGUGCUGCUCCGGAAACAUGUGAGGAGCAAUAAAUACUCCCCGCUGGUUGAGAGGGUUCACCUUCUACAUGUGAAUCCCCAGUAUGUUUACGUGGUCUUACCUGAUGGGCGGGAGGAGACGGUCUCCGUCCGUGACCUGGCGCCCACAGGAGCAGCAGACCACUACCCCAAACACUCCACGGUAACUAUGAACCCUGUACCCAAGGUGACACCGCGCACACUGAGCCCUACACAGACUCCUCAUGACUCUCCUAUACCGGGCGUUUUGUACGCGCAUAUACCAGGCGCCUCGCACACGCAUGAGGGAUCACUGACGCCUAGUGGGCUGACACCUCCAGUCAGGCCGGAACCAGCACAACCACCGUCUCCUGUGCAAUCACCACCGGCACCUGUGCAAUCACAGCCGGUGCUACAUAGAUCACAGCGACAGAUUCGACCACCUGAUAGACUUAGCCUGUAAAUAUACUUGUAAGAAACUUCGCCCCAUGGGGACUCUUUUUUAAAACAAAGGAGGGGUGAAUGUGGUAAACUACAUAUACCUGUCUGGACACGCCUCCUGCUGACUGUUCCUGUGGCCCCUCCCACUGAUGCAAUGGGCCACAUUUCAAAUAAUAAUGUGUCAGAGUACAGAAAGAAAAAAGUGAGUUUAGUGACAUGGUAUCAUAGCAACAAUCUCUCUCUCCCCUCAGUGUCAGUAAAACAAAGGACUUGGUCAUUGACUUCAGGAAGGGGGAUGAUGCACAUGCUCUUGUUUACAUAAAAGGUGUUGAGGUCGAGAGGGUUGAGAGCUUCAAGUUCCUACGAGUUAACAUUACUAAUAGCCCGUCCUAGUCCAACCACAUUAUUGCCACAGCCAGGAAAGCUCAUUAGUGCUGAUACUUUCUCAGGAAACUAGAGAAAUUUUGCACAUCCCUUUUGCCCCUCCCAAUUUUUAUUGAUGCACCCUUGGUGGCAUCUUAUUCAGAUGCAUCACAGUUUGGUAUGGCAACUGCUGUGCCCAUGACGCUGCAGAGAGUGGUGAACACAGCUCAACACAUCACAAAACCAGCCUCCCCUACAUAGACCCUGCAUUCAUGUCUCACCACCUCAGUAAAGUAGCCACCAUAAUCAAAGACCCCACCAAUCGCAGACAUUCUGCCUUCUCCCAUCACUCAUCACGUAGAAGAUACAAAAGGCUGAAUACACAUACUAGCAAGGUUAAGGACAGCUUCUAAUUUGCUUUUGUAAGAUUACUGAGAGGUUCCCCAGUAUGAUAAGAUGGACUCUUGACAUCACAAUCUACUCAUUUUGGCCUUGCACCUUAUUGCCCACCUCCACUGCUCUUUCUCUGUAUCACUUUCAUUGUAUUUUGUUAUUGUUUCCCCUUGACCUACCUCAAUGUACUGUUGUAAUGAAACAAUUGGUAUGAAAGGUAUGCAAGGCAAAAUUUCACUGUGUUCAAUAUAUAUAACGAUAAUAAACCAACUUACCUCUUUAGUACAAAGGAAAAAGCAAUACCAGAAGGCAGAAUAUAUUGUUAUAGUGACAGCUCCAGAGAAAGCAUAGUGCACGUAAGCAAAUAUCCAGUUAUUUAUUUAUUUAGAGAUACAGCAUGGAACCGGCCCUUCUGGCUCACCAAACCACAUCACCAGCAAUCCUCUAGCCUAAUCACGGGACAAUUUACAACAACCAAUUAACCUACUUUCUAAUACAUCUUUGGACUAUGGGAAGAAACCAGAGCACCUGGAGGAAACCCUCACACACUUGGGAAGAUUGUACAAACUUUCUUACAGAGAACACCGGAAUUGAACUCCAAACUCUGAAACCCCAAGCUCAAACAGCAUUGUGCUAACUGCUACAUUACCAAUAUGAUGCAAGGGCCACGAUAACAUAGACUGUGUGAUCAAAAGUUCAUCUUUAUUAUGUUAGAAGUUUAUUCAAGACUCUUGUAACAGCAGGAUAGAAGCUGUCCUUGAACCUGGUGGUACGCAAUUUCAAGAUGUUGUUAUCUUCUGUUCAAUGAAAGGG